AUGAUACAGGUGGGUCUAGACAGGGCUAACCUGAGGGCCGCUGGUCUGAACGCUUCCACAGCUCACCUGGCUGACUCCAGGUGCUCCGCCCACGAGGAUCGUAACGGCACGGUGUGGUACCAGGUGGAGCGACGGGAGGGACGCUGUGGAAACACUCUGGAGACUAACACCACCCAUGCUGUCUACUCCAACAGCUUAUUUGUUUAUCCAGUAGAUGGGAGGAACGACUCUCUCUCCCGACCCGUGAGCUUUCCUCUCUCCUGUGUCUAUCCUCUGGGGACAGAGAGCAGUCUGAAUGUGGCCAUCAAACCCUACCUACUGAAUAGUCGUGGAGCUGUUGGAGUCGGUGCCAAGGCCAGAGCCUCCAUGUUUCUGUAUCGUAACUCCAACUACACAGAGUCUUACCCAGCUGGUGAAGUCCUCCUGCCGAUUGGUUCCACUCUGCGCGUGGGCGUGUCCGUAGAGGAGUCCGGGAUGGAGCGUUUUGUUGUUGUUCUAAGGGACUGCUAUGCCAACCAAUCCCCCAACCCUGAUAAUCUCCCGCGGACCUACAUGAUUCAGGACAGGUGUCCUACAAAUCGUACCCAGGUGACCGUGGAGGAAAGUGGCUCGUCCCUCAGGGCUCGCUUCUCUGCUGCGUUGCAGGUGGACUACCGUUACUUCUUCCUGCACUGCAGCCUCAGCCUGUGUGACCAGAGGAGCUCCUCCUGCACUCCAGUGUGCUCUGGAAGGAAAUCUCGCUCUGUGUCUGAAUCUGUCCUCCUCAAGCCCAUAGCCAUCGGGCCAAUCAGCUGGGCCCAGAGUCUGGAGUGA